AUGUCUACAACCCUUGGCUCCUUCAUAGCCGGCGGCAUAGCAGCAUGCGGAGCCGUGACAGUGACGCACGGCUUCGAAACAGUCAAGAUCCGACUACAACUACAAGGCGAGCUAAAGGCAAAGAGCGAUGCACCGCGGUUAUACCGAGGAGUCUUCCACGGUGUCAGCGUCAUUCUCAAGAAUGAGGGACCCCGAGGUCUAUUACGCGGUUUAGGAUGUGCAUACAUCUACCAAAUGACCCUCAACGGCUGCCGCCUCGGCUUCUACGAACCCAUCCGCAAAACCCUCACCACGACCCUCUACCACGACCCCAACCUCCAAUCCUUUUCCAUAAACCUCUUCUCGGGCGCCUCAUCGGGCGUCCUCGGCGCCGCAGCCGGGUCCCCCUUCUUCCUCGUGAAAACCCGUCUGCAAUCCUACUCCCCUUUUCUCCCCGUCGGUACCCAACACCACUACCGCAACGCGCUGGACGGCAUGCGUCAAAUCUACAGCAGCGAGGGCAUACGGGGAUUGUAUAGAGGAGUGGGCCCCGCAAUGGUACGAACGGGAUUCGGCAGCUCCGUCCAGCUUCCCACGUAUUUCUUCGCAAAGAGGCGGUUGGUGAAGCAUCUAGGUAUGCAGGAGGGUAUGCCGCUGCACAUCGCGAGUAGCACAGCGAGCGGCUUUGUCGUCUGCUGUGUUAUGCACCCCCCGGACACGAUUAUGUCGCGCAUGUAUAAUCAGACGGGGAAUUUGUACAGUAGUGCGUUUGAUUGUCUGGCCAGGACGGUGCGGACGGAGGGCGUGUUUGCGUUGUAUAAGGGGUAUUUUGCGCAUUUGGCCAGGAUAUUGCCGCAUACGAUUCUCACCCUCACACUGGCGGAACAAACUAUCAAACUCAUGCGUAUGAUUGAAGAUCGCAUCUUACCCGCUGAUGUAAAGGCAAAGAUAUAA